AACAUCCUCCCUCCCUUCCUUCCUUACUACUACCUUUCUUCUUGUGCAUGGCCAAGUUAUAGUCAUCGGCAGCCUCACAAGGCAUCUCAGUCAAGUACACAUACUAUUAUCACCCAAACUCACAUCAAGAUGCAGCCUUUCCACCCACAACUCCACUCCCCAUCCAUUCGACCCGCCACCCCCGAUUCCCCUUCAUUCGAGAAGGAAUCUCAUUUUGGUCCCGAUCUCUCCGCGAGGCAAGCCAGGGAGCUGGCACAAGGUGUGGUGAGAGAGUAUGAAGUCAAGAGGGACAAGCUGGAUAACGCCAUCAAGUCGUCUGAAUACCUCGUCGCCGACGUUCGCAAUUUUAAUGCCAAUCAAUGGGCCAUUCGCUACCCACACCUGCGUACCGUUGAUGAAGCUGGGCCUCCCCUUCCCCAUAGACCAGGAAUGGCGAGACGGACGUUGACUUUCGCGGAUGAACCCGCAGAGGUGACCGAUGUCGUCCUCAAUUCCUCCUCAACCGUCCGCCAGGGUCUGAAACGGUCUCUCACAGUCGCGCCACCUCCCUCAACGUCCCCGGCGACGAUAUCUGCUCCCAACAACCCCCCUCUCGUCGAUGUCGAGAAUGACGAGGAAGAUUUCUCCAUAUUACGUCUUGACCUGAACCUGGGUGCCACUCGGCAAGCGCAAACUCUCAUCAACCAGCUGGAAAAAGCUUCCAUCUCCGCUUUACUCGACACUCGACUCGCCGCUGCGCUGGACCAUCUUCAGCUUUUACAGAAGCGAGUCAAUGAUCCCCAGUCCAGAGUCCUGAUCACUGGUGAUCUCAAUGCUGGCAAGUCGACUCUUGUCAAUGCCUUGCUGCGUCGAAACGAAGUCAUGCCCACGGACCAACAACCGUUGACCACCCGCUUUGUCGAGGUAGUCAGUGCUCGCGAGAAUGGGGACAAAGAAGAGAUACACAUGCUUGCCGCAAAUGUCAAAUACGACCCUGCAAAUGAAUCCACCUAUUCCGUCGAAGACAUCAAUAGGCUGGAAGAGCUGGUGACCGAUCUUGACGCGGAUGCUUCGAGCCCGCCGUUGCGAGUCUUCCUCAAAGAAGCCGACUCCCAGAUCACCAACCCCUCCAUAUUACACAAUGGCGUGAUCGACAUAUCGCUCAUUGAUGCCCCCGGUCUGAAUCGGGACUCCGUCAAGACGACAGCCAACUUCGCACGGCAAGAAGAAAUCGACGUCGUCGUGUUUGUGGUGUCCGCUGCGAACCACUUUACCCUUUCCGCCAAGGAGUUUAUCUGGCAGGCGGGUCAUGAGAAGGCUCACUUGUUCAUCGUCGUUAACCGAUUCGACCAGAUCCGUGAUAAAGAGCGUUGCCGUCGACUUGUGCUCGAACAGAUCAAGCAGCUCAGUCCCUCUACAUUCGAGGAUGCCGCCGAUCUUGUGCACUUCGUCGACUCUGCCAAGGUGGCUUUUGGCUGUACGGGCGGGAAUGGAGAUGCAGAAGAACUCGAUCACGCAUUCGAACAUCUCGAACACUCUCUCAGGUCCUUCGUCCUUGUCAAUCGAGCCAAAUCUAAGCUCGGCCCGGCUCAGAACUACGUCACUCAUUUGUUGGCAGAUGUCGAACUUCUCGCCUCCGCCAACUCGCUAGUCGCUCAGAAAGAACGCGAAGCUGCUAAGGCGGAACUUGAGAGGACCAGGCCGAUACUGGAGAAGAUGCAAAAGGGCAAGGAUGGAUUUGAGGAGAGUUUGGUGGCGGAAGAGGAGACCACUACCGAACAGGCCAUCUCGCGCACUCGCAAGGGUAUGCAAAGGGCGCUUGAAAGAGUCAGCAAGGGAGAGAUGGCUGCGCCGGCACCUGGCUUGGAGAUGCCUUCGUAUCCUGGCUUGUUGGGUGUGUGGGAUUACGCCAAAGAGGUCCGCCGUGUACUUCUAGCAUCACUCGACUUUGCCACCACUCUCUCGGAGAACGAUGCUCGUCGCCUGACUACCGAGGGAGUCAAUCGGGUAGCCGAACUUGGUGACACACACCUGCCUAAGGAUGUCGAACGCUCCAAGCGUGUAUUCAAUUCGAACGCAAUGUUCUCCGCUCGUCCGGUCAACCGAUCGCGCCGCCAAUCCGGAGUUGGUUUCAUUGGCUUGGGUUUGGCGGCGCAGACUAGCUUGGCAGAACCGGAUUUCAUGGAUAUUCUCGACCUUUCCCACCACCUCUUCGUUGCUCGCGCUGCCCUACCCUCUUCCAUGUCAUCCUCACACGAGCUCGUACCUUUCGCAGCAGAAAUGUCCGGCUUGGGUGCAUUCUCCCUCGGUGUCGGAGCCUUGUCCAUGGUCAGUGGCAAGUCGGUCGGUCUUCGAUCCGUUCUUGAGGGUGCAAUACAUGUGACGGAGCUCGCUUCAAACCCGGCAGUGAGGAAAUGGAUUGGUCCUGUCUUGGGCGUGGUGACCCUUGGUGCUGUCGGCUGGGUCAUUCUCGAGCUCCCACGAUCUAUUCCCCGUAACGUCGGUCGACAUCUUCAAACCACUCUUACGAUCUCCUCAGGCGUCAUGGACGACAGUGUCAAUGUGCCGUUUGUUGAAGCACAGGCGGCGAGGGUGGGCAAGGAGGUACGAAAGGUCAUGCGACUUGCGGCGUGGGAACUGCGUGAGAGGUUCAAGAAUGCUGUGGAUGCUCGUGGGGAAGUGGUCAGGGAGAGUGAAGAGACCGAAAAGCGUGCAGUCAAGGCGUUGGCGUGGUUCACAGAAGUGGAGAAACGGGUCGAGGUGAUACGGCAAGAAGUGGCCGAAGUGAAGGUGUGAUAGCAUGGAUGGUUUCAGAGUGUGGGGGAGAUGAGAAAGAUCUACCGCUCCACCCCUGAUUUUGAAUGGUAAACAUAAUGACGAUACGAAUCCUGUUUUGUAUAUUGUGUAGAGACAAGCUACCUAGAUCUUUGAAUGCACUGUCAUCACCGCUAUC